GAUCAUCCCAACCCAGGGAUCAAACCCUGGUCUUGUUUGUGGUAGGCAGAUUCUUUACCAUCUGAGCCACCAGGGAAAGAGUUAUAUAGAUAGCUUUAUUUUUGAAAACUAAGUAUAUAUAAUAUACUAGAUAUUUUGUCCUUUGCAACUAUUUAAAAUUACAAUGAAAAAUUCUGUGUCAGCUUAAACAUGUGUGAGUGCUUCUGGAGGUCUUCAGGUAUAGAGUCCCUGAGCAUGUGCUAUGUCAAGGUAUGGGCAAUGGAAUCUGGAAGGAUCCUAAUUGGUUAAUUCAUCUUGCUCAGUUUGCAGAUGAUGGCACUGAGGACCAAGGAGGGUUAGUUUAUUUUCUCAAAGUCAUAGAGUUGGGCCAGAACCCAGGUACCCUUUCUUGCUCAUUCCUGUCACUACUUCAUGAGCCUCCACAAAGGUAGCCCCUGAAAUCCCAUUUCUCAAAUCUCAUUUUGAGAAAUGAGAAGACAAAUAGGGAUCUCAAAACAGUUACUGAAUGAAUAACAGGGACUUCCCUUGGGUAAGUUGCUCACCGCCCUAUGGCUCUAGCCUCAGUGGUCAGGCUCGGAGGCCACAUUCUAUGUGUGGCCAAGCCCCAAGGUAAUUGAGGAGCACAACCCCAAGGAUUUGAUGGACUCCAGACUGGGAUUUUCCUCCUAGGGUCUCCUCUACCCCCUAUCAUGUGGGAGUGAACUCGAUCUUUGGGGCUCUGAGAGUCCAACCUGUGUGGGGUGGGGGUGACUUUGGCUGACCAAAUAGGGGCAAACAGACCCAAGCAAGCUGUGGACAAAACAGCUCUGAACCACAGGAGUGGCCCUGAAACAUGAACAUGGUUUGACCUAGAGACAUAGGCCCUAAAGUCAAGGGACACAGGACUAACAGGGAAGGAACAAGGCCGUUGUCAGGAAACACACCCAAAGUGAGAACCCUGCUGACGUGGCAACCCUCAGCCCUGGCCCCUCACUGCCCCCCGCCCCUCUCCCCCGCCUGCCAGCUGCCAACAGGGCUCUGCCCUGUGUCUGCCACACCUGUCACUGCCUGUCCUUGUCCAGGGGGGGCCCCAUCAGCCCCUCCUCAGCUGCUCAGCAGAGCAAGCAGUUAGCGGGGAGGGGAGGGAACAUGGAGCGGGGGCCGGUGGUGGGGGCAGGGCGGGGGGCCGGGGCCCGGAUCCAGGCCCUGCUGGGCAGCCUGGUCAGGGUGCUGCUCUGGGUGGCCUCUGCCUUGCUAUACUUUGGAAGCGAACAGGCUGCCCACCUCCUGGGCAGCCCCUGCUUACGGCGCCUCUACCAUGCCUGGUUGGCAGCAGUGGUCAUCUUCGGGCCCCUUCUGCAGUUCCACGUCAACCCUCGGACCAUCUUCGCCAGCCACGGCAACUUCUUCAACAUAAAGUUUGUGAAUUCGGCGUGGGGCUGGACCUGCACCUUCCUGGGGGGCUUUGUACUGCUGGUGGUCUUCCUGGCUACACGGCGCGUGGCAGUGACUGCCCGGCACCUGAGCCGGCUGGUGGUGGGGGCAGCCGUGUGGCGGGGGGCCGGCCGGGCCUUCCUGCUCAUUGAGGACCUGACCGGCUCCUGCUUCGAGCCUCUGCCCCAAGGCCUGCUGCUCCACGAGUUACCAGAUCGCCGCAGCUGCCUGGCGGCUGGCCACCAGUGGCGGGGAUACACGGUCUCCUCCCACACCUUCCUGCUCACCUUCUGCUGCCUGCUCAUGGCCGAGGAAGCAGCAGUAUUCGCCAAGUAUCUGGCCCAUGGGCUGCCUGCCGGCGCACCACUGCGCCUUGUCUUCCUGCUCAACGUGCUGCUGAUGGGCCUCUGGAACUUCUUGCUGCUCUGCACCGUCAUCUAUUUCCACCAGUAUACUCACAAGGUGGUGGGGGCCGCGGUGGGUACCUUUGCCUGGUACCUCACCUAUGGCAGCUGGUAUCAUCAGCCCUGGUCUCCAGGGAGCCCCGGCCAUGGGCUCUUCCCUCGCCCCCACUCCAUCCACAAGCAUAACUGAAAGGAAUAAAGGCACAUCAGACCUA